GGACGAAGAAGGUAAGAGGUGGUAAGGGAGAGAAAGCGAGGAGCAAAAGGGAGGCAUGACCUGUAUUUGAGAAGGUGACUGCUGCGCCCUAUGUAGGGUAACCUGGCACGUUUCCUGUCGAGAAGAACAAGCUCGAAGAGAUCUUCCCUCUUUUGCUGGUCGGAGGGUUUGCCUCUCCAAGCGGAAGGCGCGUGUCCGUACGCAAGAGUGUACACGGAAAUUCUGGUGACCUGUGCUGCCUUGCCGAGAGCGAGGGUAGCUGCGUCGGCAGCAGCAGGAUCAGCGUCCUUGUCUUUGCUUCGCUUUGGUUGAAUCGUGAAGGCGGGUCGCCAAGGUGCCGGCGGCAUUGUUACCACUCUACGACACCUGCGAGGAAGUACCUCAGAGAGGAAGGAGGCGAACGAGGCGAAGAAGAGGAGGGAGGUAUGGAAGCUGAGCUAGGAGUUUAAGCUGGUGGCGACGCUGUUGUUGCAGGUGGUGAAUCGCAGAUGGCACCAAGUGGUAACAACUCCAUGGCCAUGUAUGAGAGUAAGCUCGACUCUGUGAUGCUUCAGGGAGCUGCUUCUGGAUUCUCUAUUGCCGACGAGAACAGUGCAGACGAUCAGCAACAGCACGCCCACAUCAGCAAUAGCGCAACGAGAGUGGCGGAGGAGAGCGACAAGGUGGCACUGGCGAGUGACAGCGGAUCAUCAGCGGCGGCGACGGAGCCGCAGCCAGUCUCUGACAGCGGCACCCGAAAGAAAAGCCCGUCGCCACCUUCAGGUCGACGGCAACCAUCUCGCUCCCCCGGCUUCUCUUCGGCGACGUCUGGAAAAUCGUCUGCCGGGCUUAAAAACGUUUCGAGCUCGAAGAAUGUGAGCUCCGCGGCUGCUGCUGGUCGGCGAGACCCGAACUCGGCGGGAACCGACGCCGCAGCGGCAAGCCUUGGAGGAUCGAAAGACAGAAGAUCUCCUCCGAUUCGCGAUCGCGAAGGCGCAUCCGCUAGCGGAAGUCGGCUCGGGAAAUACGGUGGGACGAAAUCUGGCGCGGGGAUCGGUCGCGACAAUAACUCGAAGCAAGUCCUGCAGGCGAAUGGGACGGUGCGUGUGAAGGGGAGGAGGAGCUUCGGCGAUUUCCCAAUUCAUGCGAACGGGAGCAGCGGGCAGGGGGAACGCAGUCCGAAAGCGUUGGGCUCAGAUCGAGCCCCGGGGGCUUCUGCGUCUGCUUCGUCGCUGCACGCGAUGUCGAAGAGAUCGGGGAAGCUGGCUUCGAGCGCAGAUUCCGCGGCUCUUGGGAAAAUGAAGAGGGCGGAGCGAGGAGAUGAAGGGGGUUCGGGCUCUCCAGGUGGCCAGCAGGGUAGCGGAGAGUUGCCGUCUGCCAAUUCCGGCUCGUCGAUUCCUCGCGCUCAUCAUCCUCAGCAGCAAAGUAGCCAUGCCGUGGUUGGCGGCUUACGGGGGCCGGGUUUGCACACCGUGCCGGUGCCUUUUCACUUCGCAACCGACCGGAGAGCGUCGACGGGCGGGCGACCGGUGAGCUCCCCUCCCGCGGAGAUGGAGAAAAAGCCGAACCAGCCGUCGGCAGGGCAUUUGCCGUCGUCGCUGAAAGCCCCGAAAGUGCCGCCGAAGCCGAGUCCGAAACCCGCGACAGCGCCGUGUCCGUUCAAGUUGGAGAGUGUCAGGCGGCACGAAGCAGCGAUGGAGAAAUUGAAGGCAGAAGUCCAUGCGAAGAAAUCUGAAGAGGAGAGGCAAAGAACGUUUCGCGCGCAGCCGGUGGCGGCUGCCACACCGUUCGUGCCCCACAGGUCGGCCGUUCCUCCGACACACGCGAAGACGUUUCAGUUUGCGUCGACGGUAAGAGCGGAAAAAAGGAGGGAGUUUCAAAUGCAGUUGGAAGAGAAGGAGAAUACCAAGGAAGGGGGGGGAUCAGCGGUAGACAGGAGGUCCUCGAUGGAAGGGAAGAUUUUGCAUGGAGGAGGAGGGGGGGGCGCUCGAACGGCGUCGCCGAAGCUUACCAGGAUUAAAACGAGAACGGAAGGCACACGUACUGGGAAUGAUAGAUAUGGCGGGAGCGAUGCAAAGAAGGGGGCUGGUAGGCGAGGGGUGGUGCUUACGAAAUCAAAGUCUGCGAAUGCGUCCAUGUCAAGCUCUGAUGGCGUUGGGGGAACUCUGUCCAAUGGGGGCGAUAGUAAUACCCCUUCGGACGAUUCCUCAGAUUAUCGCAAUCAAGCGAAUGACCCGGUUUCCGGCCAGAGUGAGAAUGGCGGCGGUUUGAGAGAGGAGGUGUCCGUCGGAACCGCGGUCGAAAUGCCUCAACCGCAAGCAGCAGCAGAAAUUUCCGCUUCCUCGUAGAAAUUUUGUUAAUAUGCGACAUCGACGAAGUAGAGCUGCAGCAGCCGGAGGCAAGGGAAGGUGAUGCUGUGAUCAGUUGUAAUUUCAAGCUUGUGGGGAGGGGGCGGGAAAGAAUUGCGGGAGAGGGUGUGCGUGUGUGGGAGGGAAGAGACGGUGGAGUGUGUGUGCGUGUGUGCGUAAGAGAGAGAGAGAGAGAGAGAGAGAGAGAGAGAGAGAGAGAGAGAGAGAGAGAGAGAGAGAGAGAGAUGGCUUCGGGACGGCAUGAAGCAGGAGUGGCUGUUCGAAUCGUCGCCAGACUCCAGAGAAGUGGGCACGAGGAGAAUAGUGUUCUGCUAUCUUGACGACUCGGAAAAUUGGAACACUGUAUAAGGUGUGGUCUCGUGUGACUCUACGAGUUUCCUCGAAGGUUGGUCCUCUCUCUUGCAGAUUUACCCUUGUCUCUGCGCUGAUAUCUUUUGUUUUAGGUCAGCGGCAAGCGGCAGCUAAAUGGUACUUGCUUUCCCCAUGUUCAUGUCCCUUACUCGUGUGCCAACUCGUGCGCUCGAGGGUUCGCCAUACGUCGGCUCGCUCGCCUGCUAGCUCUUUAUUUCUUAUGGUCGCUACUGCUACAACCGGUCGGGCUCUCCCUGUCGUUGUCCGGGCGUGUGUUCUUUCAAUUACGUAUCACUCAAGAUUUACUCUAUUCUUUUAAGGUUGCCGGAUUGAAUAGAGGACAAGAACGGGGGUGCCCUGCUGAAGGUGUUUUCGAACACGUUUUUCUGAUCGCGUCCUCUCAUUUCGUUACGACCUGGAAGCAGUUUCGCAAGCAAGAUGGGGGACGCACGCUGAUGAUAAGAGUGAAUGUGGAGGGUACUGACAUUGUGUGGGGAGCGGAGAAGAAAGCCUGCCUCGAUUGAGGAAGAGGGCGAGAGUGUGGUUGCUCGGUGCUGCUAUCUUAGGUAAUGUCGCUGGGUCGUUUGUGGCGUACGAGUCUAUAAACUCUUGUUUACCGAAAAGGAACAAUGAAAUUGGAGAGUUGCUUGUAGUAACUUUCCCACGUCUGUCCCGCUGGUCCAUUCCCGUCGCCGCCGAAUUCCUUAUGUGCCUGCCACUCGUUGAUCUCUUCCGCCCAGCAGUCUUUUCUUUUCUUUUCUUUGCUGUGCUGAGCUGAGCUUUUAUCUCCAGUCUGCUGUUUUCGUUUAUUUUCUACGUAGUUGUUAUUUGUACGCCGAGUGGGGUAUUAGGUGAAGGGGUAUCAAGCAGUAUGUAGGUGUAGUAAUGGACACACCGGAGACCGGCCCCCUCUUCUCCGUCUUCCCCCACCAUGCCGAUAAAUGAGUCGCUUCGCUUGAUAAAUUCGUUAACGUAUCUGAAAUUUGUUCUCCUCAAUUCAGUUUCUUUUUACGUCUUAUCAAAUAACUGUCUGAUCGAUACGUUAUUAUUCUUUACCUGCUGUCGACAUUCCAUUUCAGUCCAUCUAUUCCCUUGCCAAUGUCGGUUCAUUUUCUCUUAUUCGCGGUCUUUUUCAAUCGAAUAUUUGCCCUACGUUCGCUGGCGGUGACCUCGCAGACAGCAGCUUAUAUUCCUCGCUGCUUGCUAGCUAGCUUUCAACCGCUUCCUUGUCUGUGUGCUGGAGAAUUCAUUCACGUUUGUUUCCAUUCCACCCACUCGCCUGGUGGCUCGCCGGUUUGGCUCGUUCGUUUUAACAGGCGAAUUCGCAAGGCAUUUCAGCG